AUGAGUUCUUCUCGUGGAGAGAACCCUUUUGUCUCAUACUCUGAUAGUAUUCUCUAUGCGUUCUAUAAUGGGUCGGACGAUCCCUGGGUUGCUCCCGGCGCCAUCCAGCCGGCACAGUCGUUGGCUCCAUCUCGCUCGUCCACGAAUGGUUUCUAUACUGGAUUGCCAGGCUUCCAAAACUUCAGAAGCCCUCCUGUGCCCUCUGAUUGCGAUACCGCUUUAGAUUCUGGCUAUGGGGGCAGCCGUACUAUAUACAGCGCCAUUGAGAGCGUCACAUCGGUCAACGAAAAUGAUGGGUAUACGGAGGGUGCAUUCCGCGAUCCCCAGGCAACAGAUCAUCCCCUUGACAUUGGGAACUUGAAUAUCUCUCCUACAGCGACUUCAAUAUAUAAGACGCCUCUGGUGCCAUCUCGCCCAACUGCCAAUGCUAAACUCCUCCACUGCAACGUCUGCGGGGCCAACGUCAAGACGAAAUCAGAGCUCAAAAAGCAUAACCACAGGCACAACAGGCCGUAUAAAUGCGAUUAUAACAAUUGCCCCAAGGCUAUUCGAGGUUUCAGCACGACCAACGAUCUUAGUAGACAUAAGAGAACGGUCCACCGUGAGCAUGAUAGCACUGUGCCUACCUUCAUCUGUCGCCACGAGCCUUGUACCCUUAAGAAGGAAAAGCUGUGGCCAAGGGCUGAUAACUUCCGCAGCCAUUUGACUCGUGCUCAUAGUAUAACACUUAAAGCAGAUGAUGAUCUAAGAGACUAUCGCUACUACCCAAUACCAACAAGGCCGCAUGAAGUUCGAGAUGGCAAACUUUCAAUUGCCAACAUCCGUUCCGAAUCGCGAUCAGCACUACCCCCUCGUGCGACUCCUUAUAUAAGUCGCCAUAGUGACUGUUUCCAGGGAAAAGAAAUCGGGUGGCCAACUACUGAUAGCCUUCCAGACUUUUCAGCCCGAAUUCAUGGUAUAGAUGCUGACGAUAUCGAGCACCAUCGCGACCAGCCAGAUGAGGCAGAGUUACAUGCCCUCCGAGGCGUGGGAUCAUUGGUUGCUGAUGUUGAUCCGGAGUCUCGACCAACGCAGGUGCAAGAUUCGCCUGAUUUGCGAAGUAGCCAGCUUCCAACGGGCGCAGUGAGCCAGCUACAAAAGGAAUCUCCAAAGCAGAAUCACCUGCUGUUAGCCCGAAGCGGGUGCGACUCGCAUUUGGCGCCAUCAAAUACCCUAGACGGCCUCAAAUUGCCCUCGGCUCUUGGUUCCCAGUCUCUUGUCAGCGUCAGCGAUGUUGUCGCUGGGACGCCAGUACAUGAAGAUUCUUUGGAAGAAUCUAUGGCGGCGCUACCUGACGAUGAGCCAGCGCAAGAAAGUUUUGACCAUGAUGAAGGCAUCCCAGUCGAGGGCGAAGAUGAAGUGCUUGGCCGUCAUGAUUCAUUGGCAAUUGAGACCAUGUCACUCGAUUCAUCCAGUCAGUCAAAAGAUAGUGCUACUCAAAGCGGCAUACCUGAGCUCCAGGAAACAGACAAUGGUCUAGAUAAUGACUUCAAAGCGUCUACGAAAGAAGCUACCCUUUCGCCCGAUACUGCGGAGCGUCUAAAAAGCAUUCUGUCAGAUAAAGAUGGUUUGCAUGAUGUUCUUUCAAUUCUCAAAAAAAUUCCUAAAGAUCUGCUAGAGAAAGCACUAAAACAGGAAGAGCAGCAGCCACAGCAAAACGAGAGUGCUGCUCCUAAUGAUCAAACAGGGAGCUCGAAAAUACCAUUAAGGUGUAAAAAAUGCUUCAAACCAUUCUCCCGGGCGUGUGAACUUAGGAAACACAUGAAACGACAUGAAAAGCCUUAUGGAUGCACCUAUAAAACGUGCCACAAGAUGUUUGGUAGCAAGAAUGACUGGAAGAGGCACGAGAGUAGCCAGCAUUUCCAGAUGGAAUCCUGGAACUGUGAUUAUCCGCGCUGCGACAAGGUUUUGCCUCGUCGAGAGCUAUUCAAGACUCACCUUCAGCAUGAUCAUCAGGAAAAAGAUAGCCAGAUAAUUGAGAAUAAGCUAGAAAGCUGCAGGCUGGGCCGCCAUUGCGACCCACGCUUCUGGUGCGGGUUUUGCGAUCAGUUUAUUGAGAUCAAAGAAAAGGUGGUCAAUUCAUGGACAAAGAGAUGCGAUCACAUUGACAAUCACCUAUUCGGCAAGGAUGGACUGACCAAGAAAACCAUGGCUGACUGGUGCUAUCUCGAAGAUAAAUUGGCAGAGGGAGAUUCUGAGUCUGGCAAGAAGCCCAAGGCUGUGGGACCUUUGUCGAGAUCCGCGAAGAAGCGGAAGGCAACAGACGAUUUGGAUGUGCGUUCUACCAAGAGAUCCAACGUUCUCUGGAUAUGCUGCGCCUGCAAUCAUUCCGAAAACUACCAUGUAAGCAGUCAGUGUAUGAACUGUUGUCACAAGCUUUGUCAUCACUGCAAAAUUGAACAACUUCCGGAUUUUGAACACGAGGCCGAUCUAAUGAGCCAAGAGGAGGAGGAGAGGUAG